CUUCUGUUAGUGAAGCACAGGCUGAUGGUUAAUGACCAUUCCUGGGCUUGGAUUUCAGAGGUCUUUGUUGCCCAGGUGCUUGUAACCCAAUCUCCUGGGCUUGGCUUCCCUGCAGCAGAUCCAAUAGCACCUGUCCCUGAAAGGACUGCCACAGCCCCCCGGGACAGCACAGCCCUUCUGCCACCGACCCUGAGGCCCUGGGAAGCAUCUCAGGACAGCAUGUCCCAGGCCGGCGGCAGCCCCCGGGCAGAGGAUCUGGGGCCGCGUGUCGGGGCGCACUCGCGCACCCCGAGCCGGGGCAGCCAGCGCGUCGAGUGCAUCGUCUGCUACUCCUCCUACGACCUGGGCGUGCGGCUGCCGCGGCGCCUCUACUGCGGCCACACCUUCUGCCAGGCGUGCCUGAAGCGCCUGGACGCCGUCAGCAACGAGCAGCGCUGGAUCCCGUGCCCGCAGUGCCGCCAGAACACGCCCACGCCGCGCGGCGGGGUCACCAUGCUGGACCUCGACCUGGCCACCUUCCUGGCCGUCAAGGCUGACAAGGAGCAGCCGCGGGUGGCCGGCAGGGCCCCGCCCGCGCUGCCCGCCAAGGGCCCGGGCAAGGAGCCGGCGGUGACCGAGCAGCCGGCGGGGCUGUGCCCCGAGCCGAUGCCGCCCGCGCUGCUGCCCCGGCGCGGCUGCUGCCGCCUGUGCCUCUGCUGCGGGGUGACCGCGGCCUUCGACAGCUGAGCCGGGCAGCCGAGCCCUGGCACUAAUGCUGGGCGCCUGUGCCAUGCUUCAGACCCGCGGGCUGCGGAGCUGCGGCUGCUGCCAGCCUGGGCAGGGGUUUCCUGUCCUUCCUGUCGGGAUUUGGGGUGCAGCAGUGGGAAUGAGGAUGCUGCCACCCCCUCAUCCUGCCCAUCUGCCCUGCUGACGACUCAGAAACCUGGGCCAGCCAGCACAGAGGUUCCCUGGCCCCUGAGCACGUUCCCCUGUGCAUGUGGCUCUGCAGCAAGGACAGUGGUGCUGAGCAUCCCCCAGGCAGGGGCAGGGCCUGGCACAGCCAUGCCGUGGGGCACAUCCAGCACCUCGAGAGCUCCACGUCUAUUCAAGACACUUCUAGUUCUGCUGGGCUGCACAUCCUGGUCGUGUUUAUUGACAAUCCUGGCCCGGGGGCAGGCCCUGCCUGUGGUGGGUGGGGGAGAAGAGACCUGCCCUGCUGGAUUGCUGUGCCAUUUGCAUGAGAAAUGUUGGCAUUGGGAUAGCAGGAUGGUUGAAAUUGAGGAUGACAAGAGUUGUUAGGAAACCUCCAGUGUUUGUGUACAUUGCUCUGGUGUGGAAGGAGAGCUGAGCUCAAGAAGCUCCUGCUUGGCCUCGAGCUCUGUGGGUCAUGCCAGGUUUGGCUUGUCCUGCCCGACCCUUUCCUCACACACAGGCACACACAAACCCUGCCACUGUUUUUCAAGUUGUGCCCUGCUGUCUGUAAGGCUUUUCCUGCUUUCCCUGCCUGACUCCACACCAGGGUGCAAGGACAAGAUCCCAGGAAGCUGGUCUGGGUUAACAGGGGCCAAACUGGAAGUACUGGAGGCACACAGGGUGAUACUUGAACAGCUCUUGGGCAGGGCUUGGUGUUGCCUGGAACAGCUCCUGUGGUUCUUCCUCAGGGCCCAUUUUCUGCAUCUAUUUCCCAUGUGGUUUAUGAGAUUUUGCAAUACCCCAACACCAGGAACCCCCUCAGGGCACAGCCCUGUGCCCCCUGGGGCUGGCAGGGACCUUGUGUGUCCUGGGCAGUCCUGGUGCUUGGAUGUUCCCUGUGCUGGGGGCCAGGGCUGCAGCCAGAGGACUCUGUCAGCCAUGGACAGCACCUACCCCUGCACAGAGCUCAUGCACAAUUCUGCCACUUGGUGUCACCUGCCAUAAAAAGUCCCAGCUGAGAUGUUCCCAGAAGAAUAAACCUGGAGUGCCCCAGGGCAGAGGUAUGGUAUGGUUCAGAAAUUCCACGUGAGUCCUGCCUUGGACCUUUAAUUACCUGGGAACACGCAAGAAAUUAAAGCCUUCAAGGAAUGGAUAAGAGCUAUCACUGAGUCCUAAUGCACCUUUCCCUCUGUUGCUCCAUUUCUCCCCAAA